AUGAGCUCCUUCAACGCUCGUUUUAAGAAUAAGUUGGGCCUUGCGAAACGCAAUUCAAGUGCGAGCAUACAGUCGCCAGAUCUCGCCCACACCCAGAGCAGGACCCCUCCGCCGCUGCUGGGCUCCCAACAACAACAACAGCAGCAGUAUCCGGCAGGACAGGCCAUCUCGGUCGCCUCGAACUCCUCGCAACAGUCGCUGCCCCAGAUGAACCAUCCUGGCCAGGGCCCACGCCCACCGAGCUACACUGCUGGUUAUCCUGAACAGUCUCAAGUCUCAAACAAGAAACUUUCUCAACUGACGCGAAUCGUCCGUGUUACGAUAGGUCAAGCACGCACGCCUCCUUCGCAGAUGGUUGGCGGCCCCCCACCAAUUAAUACUGGAGCUCCUGUUGCUGGUUAUCCCCCCCAGAUUCCCCCAAUGCAAAGCGGCCCGCCAGUUGCCGGAGGCCCUCCGGGCUACACCGGCGCAGGAGGUUAUGGCGGCCCUCCGCCAGGCCAGAGCCUCCCGACAGGGGCGUACACGAGACCUGCUGCCGAGGUAGAGGGGAAUAGCAGGAGUAAGGCGCAGUUGAUUGUUGGAAUUGAUUUUGGCACAACCUUCUCUGGUGUCGCAUUCGCCUUCGCAACGAAUAACGAGGCAAAGGAGGAUAUCAUUACGGAGUGGCCAGGCGCUGGUUCAUACACGAAGCAGAAGAUCCCUACCGUGCUCUACUACGACCAAUAUCAGAAAGUCGUCGGAUGGGGCCCCGAUAUCGCCGAUGCCCUCGCCCCGACAGGAUAUCCGAAGCCUGGAGUGCAGAAGGUGGAAUGGUUCAAGCUUCAGCUCAUGCUCUCGGGCAACACAUACAUCGACCCCAUCAACCUGCCCCCUCUGCCGCCAGGAAAGUCCGAGAUCGAUGUCGCCGCCGAUUAUCUCUUCAAGCUCCGCCAGGCUAUGCGCGCGGCGCUUCAGAAGACCCUCGGAGAGGUGUUCAACAGAGAAGAGCGCAAUAUCCGAUACUACCUGACGGUCCCUGCCAUCUGGAACGACGCUGGCAAGGCUGCCACAAGAGCAGCUGCCAUCCAGGCAGGUUUCCUACGCGACGAGAAUGACAACCGCUUGACGCUUGUGUCCGAGCCUGAGGCGGCAGCACUUUUCUGCGCCAAGACUGGCUUGCUCAACCUGAAGGUACACGAUGCCCUGCUCAUCGUGGACUGCGGCGGUGGUACCGUCGAUCUGAUUGCAUACGAGGUGGAGGACGAGAAUCCCUUCACGGUAGCCGAGUGCACAGCUGGAUCGGGAGACUCGUGCGGUUCGACUGCGCUGAACAGAAAUUUCAGCAACAUCCUGCGGACAAAGAUCCGCAAGAUGAAACUGCCUGACGGAUCCAAGACCGCCGGCCGUGUCUAUGCGAAAUGUAUCAUGGACUUCGAGAACCGGAUCAAGGCCGACUUCCGUAACAACGGACAGAAAUGGGCCGUCGAUGUCGGUAUCGAGGCUGAGUUUCCAGAGGCCGGCAUUGAGGAGGGUUACAUGACUUUUACGAACGAGGAGAUCCUGCAAUGCUUCGAACCUGUAGUGAAUCGCAUCCUGGAGCUCGUGCGCAACCAGAUCAUCGCCAUCCAGGCACAGAACCGGACGCUGCAGAAUAUUCUCGUCGUUGGUGGUUUUGGUGCCUCCGAGUACCUCUUCCAGCAGAUCAAGCUGCACGUCCCACCGCAGUUCCAGGCCAAGGUAGUGCGGCCUAUGGACUCGGUGGCGGCCAUCGUCAAGGGUGCCGUCACGGCUGGUAUCACGGAGCGGGUCAUCACCCACCGUGUGGCACGGCGGCACUACCUCAUGGCGACACUGCAGCCUUUUAAGGAGGGCUAUCACCCCGAAGCGUACCGUGUGCCCUCGCUCGACGGCAAGGACCGGUGUAAGUUCACACGCCAGAUUUUCGUGCAAAAGGGCCAGAAGGUCAAGAUUGGCGAGCCCGUCAAGGUGUCGUUCUUCCGGCAGGUCGCGCCAGGCGCCACGCUCAUGUACGAGGACAUACUGUUUGCUUGUGACGACGAUGUAUGCCCGGAGUACACCAAGGAUCCUCGCAUCAAGGAGGUCGUCACCCUUACGUCCGACCUCUCGCGCAAGAACCUCGAAAAGGAUUUCGAGCGCAUGGAUACGCCACAGGGCACGUUCUACCGCGUGUACUUUGACAUUUACCUGACACUGGACGGUUCUGAGUUCAGCGCUGAGCUGGUGUGCCAGGGAGAGGUCAUGGGUCGGUGCAGGGCAAGAUUCAGGUAG